AAAAAGAAAAGCCCAAUGUACCUUUUUAUUUUUUGUGGGCCCCACCCAACCCAUGCCCCCUUCACGUUAUCUUUAAACGGUUUAACCCAGUUGGGCGUUUCCCGCUUGUCAAUACAAAUUCAAAAAGCUAUUCUCAGGGAAGACGAUUCGCUGCUUUCUGUACAACAGAUCUCUCACGACGAUGCCACUACUGACAAGUCCUAUUUCUCUUGCUCUCCUCUUCUCCGAAUCCCUAGAUCCACCUGCUCUCGUCCUCCUCCUCCUCUUCUCGCCUCUCCAAUCGAGAGCAUAAAUGGCACAGAGGCUACGUGUAUACCUGGCUCUUCAUCCUGCGAAGAUAGUAGAGAAAAUAGUAUGAACAAGGAAAAUGCUAAUCUGAACAAACCAGAAGCGCCUAAACUUAGCCUUGAGCCACAGCAAAUGAAGAGGAAGAAAAAGGGCGGUGGAUACAAUCUGCGAAAAAGCUUAGCAUGGGAUAGAGCUUUCUUCACUGAAGAAGGUGUUUUGGAUCCUUUGGAAUUAUCAAUGCUUAGUGGGCCUUCUGGCAAAAGUAGUGGGGAGACUUUGUCCGUUAUCCAUGAAGGCAGAGAGUCACUAUGUGGUGGAUUGGAUAGCACCAAUGACUCAUCUGAUUUACAAUCACUUGAAGAUAAUAUAUUCAAGGAGCUGCCUUCAAACACUCCAAAUGAAAAUAGAAAGAUUGCUGCUAAAUUUCCACCGAAGCUUGGUUCACCAGCAAAAGAAAAAAAGGGCCCAGCUUCUGCAGCCAAGCGAAAGGUUCUUUCAACCCAUGAUAUUAAUAGAAGUGCCUCUAAGCGUAGUGGCUGCCCACAACCAGUGGCCUCAUCAUAUCUAAAAAAGCCUUCAAACGUGAUCACAGCAAAAGUGGCAACUAAAACCUCAAGUGUUUCUAAACUAUUGGCUCCAAAGCCUGAUCCUUCUGUUGUUUCAACGACUUCUGGAAGCUCUACGCCUGAUCCUUCAGUUGUUUCAACGACUUCUAGAAGCUCUGUAACUAGUGUCAGCCACUCAAAGAGAAAUUAUGAUUCUCAGCCAGUUAAUGCUCGGAAAAAUGUUGGGUUAAAGGGCACUUCUACCAAUACGAAAACUGUCCAAAAUAAUGCAAAAUCUGCUCCAGUUGGAAAAUCAAUCAUAAAAUCCAUGGUUCAUCAGGCAAGAAGAAAUGUGUUAAAGGUCAACUCAGUGCCAGAAAUACAUUCAUCAUCCAAAGUACAGCUUUCCCAGGUUAGCCAAUCAAAUGAUAGUUCAGAAGUGGUCCCAGAUUCAGUAGUUCCGUCUGUUGCUCAUCCAGCAAAAGGCCAUGACAGCAAUACCAACAAAAUUGCAGUUUCUUUCUCUCAAAUUGAUUGCUUUAAUGGUAGAAACAUGCAAUCUACACAACCCCAACCAGCAAAACCGUCAGGCUUGCGAAUGCCAUCUCCAUCACUGGGAUUUUUUGGUCAGUCAAAACCUUCUGGUUUGCGGAGCCUGUUACAAAGAAGCACUCAAUCCUGCAAUCUCCCCGAGUCUAAUAUUCCAAAUCUAAGCAAAACUGGUGUCUUAAAUCCUACUUAUCAAAGGCCUCCCCGACCAUCCAGGAAUAUACCUUCAUCCUCAAAUGGAGCAUACUCUGUUGUAUCAACCAUAAAUGCUGCCUCAUGUGGAAAGAUAAAAUCCAACACAGAAUUGAAUAAUAUGCAGAAGGUGGCAUUGAAGGUGCAACUUAACUCUGAGAGUUUUGACACAACAAAUUGUAAGCAGCAGCUGCAUGAAAAGUGUGAUGAUGCUGAUCCACAAUCUCUAGAUCUUGCAGAACCAUGUAAAAUUUUGAAGAUAUCUUCCAUGGAGCUUAAAGCGGAGCAGAGCAACAAUAAUAAGUUGCCUUUCCAAAGUGGUCCAUGUGAAGAAUUGGAACAAGAUAAUGAUAGGAGUGUUAUCAACGUUUGCCUCAGAACUAGAGACGCUACUGGUUCUGGUCUAGGCUCCUCUCUUAGCCUCCCAAUGGAAGUUGAAGGUCCUGUGGCAGACAAUACAAUUGUCAACCAAAAUGUGGAAAACGGGGAGUACAGUCCCUCGAUAAAGGAACACAGUUUCUGUUCAGAAUCUCAAUCUGCAGGUGUGAAAAGUAACUGGGAUGGGGCUGCUUUAAAAGUGCAUGAAGACAAGAAGCAGAGUCCCCAACAAGCUGAGCUGAUGAAGCCUGACAACUGCCAAGGUGAUUCAAUUUCUAAUGUGGAGAGCCAGAGGCUUAAUGAUAUUUUGUUUGAGGACAGCCGAUCUUCAGAAGAUCUUAACAAACAUGAUAGUUCAAAUGCUGUAGAUGCUAGUCUAGAAGUCCAAGAGUGUGGUGCAACAGCAAAUUGUCAAUCUCACAGUACAGAUAUAGAACCCGCAAAAGAUGGCACUAUUGGAAUGGAUUACUUGAAUAGGGAGUUACAUGUGGGAGAUGCACAAAUGCUGUAUGUAGAUGGUAAUCUGUUGGAUGAAAGUAGCAAGAGUUCAGUGAGCACUUCAACAGUGGAUAAUUCAAACUUGACGAUUAUUGAUGAUCCAAGUUCAAUAUCAAAAGAACAAGCUGAGCUACCAAAUCCCUGUCUCGUGAGAGAAUCGUUGUUUCAGGAUAACUGCGGACCACCUUUUAUCGGUUGCUUAUUGCAUGAAAAAGGCUAUGAGGAGGCCCGGGAGAAAGAUGCUCUUCUGAGUGUCAAAUCUGAUGAAUUGAGAACCAGUGCUUGUGAAGGUGAAUUGGGAAGCUCCAAUGUUCUUUUUUCAAUAUCACCUAUAAACCAUGAUUCUGGUCUUGAUGGAGCUGAAAAGGUGGAGUUCCUACAUAUGGAAAAUGAUUUAACAGCUUCUGUAGACAGUGAGCCUGUGGUUGAAAAUUUUAGGCAUGACAUUGAGAGUGAUGAAGCUAAUGCUUCGACAGUGGAAAGGAUGGACAAAAGCCGCAUUUUUGGUACAGUCAUCACUGGUGGUGUUAAGGUGAAUAAUUAUUGUUUAACUAGUGGGGAUUUCAGAGGGAAUGAACUUGAAAAUCCACAUGUCACAGCCGAAAUUAGCUCUGUCAUCCAAGUUGAAGUUGCUAAUGGGAUGAAUGAUGUGAGUGAGCAUGAUUGUGUCAUAGACAAACAAUUGGAUUCUUCAACGACAAAUUUCACUGUCAUCUCUGAUUUACAGCCAGGGAAAGAAGCUUGUUAUAAAGAAAGUGGCACUUCCAUACUGCACAAUGAUUGCUUUGUUGGUAUGUGCGAUGUCAAAGAACAGUUUGCAGAGCAAGUUAAGCUGAUAAAUUCUUGUUCUCAUAAACAGGUGAAUCAGAGUCAAGAGGCACAUGAUAAUCUCUUGUGUCAUGAAAACAGAUCCUUUGAAGGUGUCAUUAUAGUUGGUGAAAGCAUAUCUGAAAUUCCUCACAGUUCACUCAAAUGUGAAAUCAUGGAACAUGAACUUGCUGGAGUUGAUAAAAUGAUUAAGGACACGCUUAUGGAAGAUGCAGUGCCACUACCACAGUCCUUGGAUGAGAAUUUGUCAGCUGAUAGCCAUAACCGUAGUGUUAGUAUCUCAUUGACAGAUAAGAAAUCUUCGCCGAUGGUUGAUGAUAUCAUUAGACAGCCAAAACAAUGUCUUGAGCUUCAAAAUCUUGGCCUUAUGAUUGAUCAAGUUCCUUUGGGAAACCACGGAUUGUGUUCAGGUGAUAACUUGUUGCUUAUGAAUACUUCUGUUGAAUCUCCAGAGAGAGAUACUGCAGAGAAUGUUUCAGGUACUGUUUUAGAGCAAUGCAAUGGUUUUCCAGCUGGAUCAAGAAGUUUUGAAGCUUACAUUCAAGCUCCCCCAGUGACGCAUGAUAACAACUUUGGGCAUCCAUCCAUGGACCCAUCAAUUGAAAAUAUCAAAUUUUAUAUGGAUUGUAAGUGCAGAAACGAUGAGCUUGACAAUCAAGCACAUCCUUUGAAUUUCUGUUCAUCCUCCAAGACAAAUGGAGAUCAGAAGGCAUCGGCCGCAAAUACUUUUGACUCUAAUGAGACAUUAGAAGGAAGUAUGCAGCAGGAUGUAGAAGUCUUAGCAGAGAGUAAAAUUUUGCCUGUGGAAGCUGAAACUGCCGUUCACAAAAGCAAUGGUGGUAUUAACAGUGAAACGCAAGAUGGGAUAGGCAGUGCUGUGUGCUCUGAAGUAGUUAAGGAAGCAACAUUCUCGCUCAAGAAAUCUGGGAAUGACAAGAGGCAUGACGCCCUUGUAAUAAGACCUCCACCAAAUGCUGUUCCUUUUUCUGAUGAAUGGUUAGCUGCCUUUGAAGCAGCUGGAGAGGAAAUUCUAACGAUGAAAGGAGGUGCUGUACAAAAUUCACCCCAGGACAAGUCUCUACCUGAACCUGGUCCUUGGUCCCCGGUAAGACGGAAAAAUAACCAAGCGGUAGGGCCAUUUGACUGUACAAAAUUCACCAACACGAACAUCCCAUCUUCCACUUCCAACUGAGGAGACAGGAUUUCAGCUAAUUAGCUAAAUAAACGAAAGAUUUCACCAUUAGUUUGUACAAUAUUUAGCGACACAAACAGCCCUUGUCUCUGUUCCAAUUGGACAGAUAUUUCAGCUGAUCAUUCUUUUGUCACUAACAAUGUGACUAACCAUUAGGAAAUUUCGAGCAACAAUGCUAAUGCUACUUCGCCACUGUUAUAUUUUAGAGAAAGACAUCAUUGGAUUUCUUUAAUUCUUUUUGUCAUGAGAAACCAACUGUACAUUUCUUAUAAUGGAUGCAAAUUUUUUGUUUUGACCUCCAGAAA